AUGGAUGAUACAAAUACAAAUGAUGAUAGUAGUAGUAGUAUGAUUACAAAUACAUCAUCUUCAAAGAAACUACCAAAUCAUAUAAUCAAACUUAUAUUACAAGAAUGUUUAAAGAAUAUUAGGCAACCUCAACAAUUACAACAACAACAACAACAACAACAACAACAACAACAACAACAACAAUUGCAAUUACAACAACAAUUAUAUAGUAAUAGUAAUAAUAUAACUACGAUUGUUACGACGACGACCAAUCGUAAUUGUAAUGAGAAUGGAGAGUCGUCAGUGACGACUACUACGACGACUACGACAACAUUGGGUACACCCAAGUUUUACAGGCUCAUUAGCAAGUUGUUUGAUGGGAUUGUGCGCGAACUGUAUCCACUCUACAUCAUGCCAUGCAAUGUAUAUAGACACGCACACCAAGAGUCGUUGACAAUGGACCAGAUCCGCGACUAUAGCAACACCUAUGCCAAUAUUGUGUAUCUGUCGAUUAGGUGUUGCAACAAGGUGGAGAUUGGCGACGUUGUGGCAUACCUACGCAACCACGCUACCGUACAACACACUCUACGUCAUCUCGACGUUGGAUACAAUAAUUUGAACGCACGUGACCCUUCCAUGUCACUCAUAUCCACCGCCUUGGAGGUAUGUGCUCGACUAUGUGUAUUGGAACUCGACACGAAUGGUUUGGAUACAUCUGAUGUGUUAAAGUUUACAAGUCGGCUGCGCGAGCACCGUGCACUGCAGUGUCUGUUUAUUGGCGGAAACGCCAUCUGCUGCCACGGACUCGAUAAUCUAAUUGCCAACACACCCGCCCCUCUCAAGCUGCUCUGGCUCAACUGCACCAACCCUCUCAAUAUUGACUUGUCUCCGUUGGCUGGUCAAUUGACCAACUUGUCACUCGCCUUUAACCAGCUACUCCACGCUGGCGCUCAAAUGAUUGGCCGCCAGAUUUUUACGGCGGGUGUCACUGCGCUACGCUGUCUCGACCUCACACACUGCACCAUCCAAGACGACGGCCUGCUCGAGCUCGGCAACGCCAUUGCCAAGAGCGGGUCGGCCACCCUACGCUACCUCUGUCUCGACUUUAACGCCAUCACCAACGAUGGAGGCGACAACUUUUGUCGUAUCGUCCAUCCAGUCUACCAACAAUCCAAUCGCCACCUUCAUAUCAGUCACUCUUUAAAUCGUUGGGUAUUGAUUAGUCCGCAAUACCAACCAUUCAUCACCGACUCCUUUUAUGAACCAAAUGCUUUUCUUCAAAACAAAUCUUUAUUAUUUGAUAAUCUUUAUCAAAUCUAA